ACACAUUUACCCCUCCACUUUUAAAUCACAUUCUUCAUCUCCAAGUAAAGCUCCUCAAAAUCAAAUCCUAGCCGUCCAUUUCUUAAGAGACUCCGCCCCAUAACCAUAACUCGGUUCCAAAAAUUUAUUUAAGAUACGAGGAGGGAAAGCCAGAAAGGGACCCUUUAAAUUCUCAAAUCUAGGGUUUUUGUUUUUCAUUAUUAGUAGAAUUCAAUUCUGAAUUCCAGGGUUUUACUGUUACCGGUAUUGAAUGAAUAAGAAAAAUAGAAUAAUACCAUAUAAACAAUUUUGCCUGGAAUUUGAAAUACCAGAAAACAAUGGCUAGGAAGCGAGAAUUGGGUAGUACUAGUGGAAGUAAUCAUGGUGAAAGAGUUUGUGAAGAGUUAGGGCCCUGUUAUUCUGAAUCUCGAGAAGACGUGGCUGAGCGUCGAUUUCUUCGCUCUCAAUACCUUGCUGUCAAGGCCCUCAUUAGUGAAGAAAGGGAUGAUAUAACAAGAGCAGAUUCUGACAAGUUUGACUCAAUCUUUCACCAAGUCCAGACCUUGCAUGAUUCCGUACAACAACCAAGAGAACAAGUUGCUGAUGCAGAGGCUCUUUCAGACAUUGCAAGUACAUUGCUAACCUGUGUUAGGGCACAUAACAGUGAAGGUAUUACACCUUCGGAUUUUGUCACAUGUCUUCUCAAACAGUUUGGGCAGCAAAGUGGACCAAGCACUAGUACAGAGAAUGCUGGGAAUGCUACAUUUUGGAAUGAUAUUGGUCUUGCAGUGUCACAUGUUUUCAGGAGAUGUUCAGGAUGCAGCACCAUGAUUGGGCCUAUGAACACUGAACUUAAGCAGCGGAAGAUGCCUGUUCAAAGAAAACGUGUGAGACACACAGAAAGUGCUCAACCUGAACAGUUUGAAGAUGCUGGUGCAGAAGAGAGAAUAGAUACUGACCGAAAUAUGUUAACUAUGUUUAAUAUCUUGAAGAAGAAUAGAAGUGUCAGGCUUGAAAAUCUAGUAUUGAACAGAAACUCUUUUGCACAGACGGUGGAGAAUUUAUUUGCCCUAUCAUUUCUGGUUAAAGAUGGUCGUGCUGAAAUAAAAGUGGAUGAGAAAAACUGUCAUAUUGUUUCACCAAAGAAUGCUCCUUCUGCAACGGCUGUUGCCUUUGGGGCUGCUGCUUACAGCCACUUUGUGUUCAGAUUAGACUUUGAGGACUGGAAGUUGAUGACAUGUUCCGUAGGGGUUGGGGAAGAGCUGAUGCCACAAAGGAAGCAAUUAAAAACAUCAAGCAAUUCUGAAGUAGAUCCACUACCUGGAGAAUCUCAAGCAGCAGUGUCUACAACACAUAUUAGGAAGUUGUGUAGAAAUCGUGGCCUUGUUUUACAAGAAGAGUCUGUUGCUGAGAGUGAAGAGUCUCUGUCAGCUGAUGAAGACUCAGUUCAGUGUGAAAUUAUUGAAGAAAAAAUUGCAGCAAUUCAAAAGAUGCUCGAGCAAACAUGAAAUUGGUUGGAUGUACAGUUUACACUUUACAGUAGCAUUAUAAUUUUUUCUAGCUGAAAGCCUGGAAGUUAGGAUUUGCAUAUUAGUCGUUUAGCUCUCUAUAUCCUACAUAUUCUAUACUAUUCUUUAAGAGGAUUCCUCACUUUCAUCUCCA